GACCCAGGAAGCAGAAGAGCACCAACACCUCCCUCUCUCAUGUUGAUAAGAGAUGUGCUCCACUGAUCCUCCACCUGUCUUGAAGUGUGUUUGAGUGGAGCUGCUGGAUGGGACCAUGGGGCUCUCUCUGCUCCGUGUGCUCUCCUUAUUCUUGCUGAAUACACUCCUCUCCUGUGGACUCACUGAAUAUGCUGAGCUGACCUUUGAACCCAACUCCACCACUCUAUAUUCUGGGGAGCACGUUGAUCUCACGUGUCACAUGAGAGAAGCAAAUGUCAGUGAGUGGUAUUAUGAGUUCAAGUGGAACGACAAACCACUGGUCCCCAUCACUCCCAGUAACGUCCUCAGGAUUCCAGAGCUAACGCCCGACAGGAACGGGGAUUAUCAGUGCAUCGCUCACCACAACAGAUCAGAAGAGAGCAAACAGAGCAACAGGGCCACUCUCUCUGUGUCAGCACACAGACCCAGAGCCACAGUGAGAGCAUCCAGGACGUCCAUCCCAGUGGGCGGCUCUCUGACUCUGACCUGUUCUGUGGAGGAGUCUGCUGGUUGGAGCUACGACUGGUUCACACGUUCCCCAGACGCUGAGGAAACCGCCAUCGCAACAAAUCCUGAGCACAACUCUCUGAGCAUCUCACAGGGAGGCAGCUACUGGUGCAGGGGAAGAAGGACUCACUCAGAUUUCUUCUCAGAGAAGAGUCACGUGCAUCACAUCGACAGAACCUUGUCCAACAGAAGCUUUGUCGUGCUGCAACACAACUGGACUCAGAUAUUCAGCGGUGAGAUGAUCUCUGUCCGGUGUGAGAUCCAGGGAGGAGGAGACACCCAGUGGGAAUAUGAAUGGAGGACAACAAGCUCCCACCAACCAGUCACUGGUCCAAACACAGCUCCCACACACAGUGAAUACAGGCUGGGCCCUGCCUCUGUUUUCCACAGUGGAGAGUACUGGUGUAAGGCCAGAGCGGACUGGUAUUCCUCAACAGAGUGGAGUGAGGCCUUCCAGCUGAGAGUAACACCCGAUAAACCCAGACCCAGGCUGACUGCUGAUAACACAACCAUCACAGGAAAGGGAAGCGUAGCACUGACCUGCUCUGUGGAGAACGCAGCUGAGUGGAGAUACGACUGGUUCAGAAGAACCUCAGCCUCCUCUGCAGCUCAGAUCCUAAGAUAUAAUGAAACAGAUGAUGAACUCAGCAUCUCAGAGGAAGGCAUCUACAGCUGCAGAGGAUGGAGAGGAGACACAAGCUUCCUCACAGAGGACAGCAACCGAGUCUCAAUAGAGAACAGAGUUUCCCACAAGGCUUCUGUGGUCCUGCAACCUGACUGGUCUCUGGUCUUCAGUGGUGAGAGGAUCACUGUCCGGUGUGAGCUCCCUGCAGAUGAACUGACUGAGUGGGAGUAUGAAUGGACCAAUCACACAGAUGAACAGACUGAGUGGGAGUAUGAAUGGACCAAUCCCAACUCAACUACGGCUCCAACACACAAUGAACACAGGAUUGUCAAUGCGUCCUCCUCCGACAGUGGAAGCUACAGGUGUUUGGCUAAAGACAAGAAGAACUUGAAUUCCACGACCGAGUGGAGCGAUGACGUCACAUUAACAGUUUCUGAAAGACCAGCGGCUCACCUGAGUGCUGACCACAGAGCCUUUCCAGUAGGGGGCAGUGUGCUCCUGACCUGCUCCGUGGGCCCAGCAUCACCUGGAUGGAAGUAUUACUGGUUCAGAGGUGAGAAAACCUCGGAGCCCCUGACGGAUGAGGACUUCAAGUCACAUGGACAAAGUGCUAGUGCCUCACGUGAAGGACUGUACUGGUGCAGAGGAGGAAGAGGAGAUCCAGUUUACUACACCCAGUACAGUCACCCAGUCAGGAUUCAUGGAAUCGUCCACAACACAGCUGCUGUGAUUCUUCAACCCAACGGGCCGAGGAGAUACAGAGGAGAAGCCUUCACCCUGUGGUGUGAGAUCCAGGGAGGAGACUCUGAGUGGGAGUAUGAAUGGACAGCAACCAGCUCACAGGCACCCCCCAACACAAAGGAGUUCAGGAUCAGUCUGGGAUCAGAUCUGAGCGGCAGCUACUGGUGUCAGGGCCGACUGAAAGGUGCACGGCAGAACUCAACAGGAUGGAGUGCUCCACUCACGUUGUCUGACGCGGAUGCACCACCACCUGUCCUCACUGUGUCUCCAUCAUGGCUGACUCCGGGAGCCUCAGGGACUCUCACCUGUGGGGAGGUUCCACAUCCCACUGCAGGAUGGAGGUUCUACUGGUACAGAGCUGACCCCAUUAGUUUGGAUCCAGUCCCCAUGUGUCCCUGGUCAUCUCGAUACACGUGGAGUGAUUUUCACUUUCCUGAGUUCAGUUAUGAGCUGCUCCCAGGAAGCGACGGAGGAACUGAACAAAACUCCUUCAUCAUCCAAGGCCUGACGGAGUCAGCAGGUUAUUCAUGUCGAGCUGGAAGAGGAGACCCCGUGUUUUACACUAAGUACAGUAACACAGAGUGGGUGUGGCCUGUAGAUUCCUAUUCGUCAGCAUCUCUCACAGUGAGUCCGGACUCAGUGCAGCACCGCUAUGAUGACAACGUCCGUCUGACCUGCGAGGGAAACUCUGAUGAGUGGAGAUUGUGGAUGUUUACUGGAGACAGAGUAGUAUUGUUAGAGUGCAAGUCUCAGAAGACAAGCUUCACAUGGCCCAUAAAUGAUCUUUUUUCUGGAGUUUACUGGUGUGGAUCUGGAUCAGAGAUCAGCAACGCAGUCAACAUCUCUACAGUUCGAGGUCGUGUUAUCCUGGAGAGCCCUGCCCAUCCUGUGACUGAGGGACAGUCCGUUACUCUCAGCUGCUCAUGGUUCGGAAGAACAAACCUCGAUUCCAACAUCUCUUUCUACAAAAAUGAUGAACUCCUCCAAAGUGAUGUCAGAGGGAAACUGGAAAUCUCAGCUGUGUCAAAGUCAGAUGAAGGUUUCUACAAGUGUGAACGUUCAGGAGUCUUCUCAGAGGGGAGUUGGAUGUCAGUAACAUUGACUCCUGCAGCACCUCCCUCUGCGUCUCCUGUGCCGCUGGUCCUUGGGCUGGUUGGAGGCUUCACACUGAUUCUCCUCCUCCAGCUGCUGCUGUUGUGUUGGUGCAGGAAUUCAAAGAAUCUGUGUUGUGACAGGCUCAGCCAGUCUCUGAGAACCAAUCAGAGCUCAGACCCAACUGUCCACUACGAUGAAGUCCAGCUGCCAGUGUACUCGUCUCUUCUCCACGGUGACGACUGCAUCUAUGAAUCAAUCAGAGGAGACACGGAGGAAGGAACCCGAGGUGAUCCAGAGGAGACGUCUGACUACGUUAAUGAAAAUCCACAUUCAGCUUCAGGAGGACUAUGAAUGGUGCAUCCUCCAGAAAACAAGAGCAUGAAAAUCAACAUUCAUCCAUAAACACCUUCACAUGUUAGACUCACCAGUUUUGUAACAGCUCAUUGGAAAGAACGACUUGAUCUGGAUUGAAUUUCAGUAUAAAUGAAAAAAUAAAUGUUGUGAUAUUUGCUUUUGUGUUUACGUUCAAUAUUUCAAUUUGCUGAUAUGGGCCUUUUAAGAUAUGCUCCGAUAUGAAAAGGUUUAUUUUACAGGAUAAACAAUGUGCAUUAUGAUUAUAUUUUACAUUGAACUUCUUUGUCAUAAUUCAAGAUCUAUAUAUUCUGUCAUAUUUGUGUUUUCUUUCAAUUUAUCUUUAUUUCUUCAAAAAAAUAUUGUUUUACUUCAGCUUUACUGCCAAUUUUAUACACAAGUGAUAUUUUUUGCUCCUUGAUAUCAGUAUCUGCAUUGCCCCCUAAAAAAAGUUUAUUCUGUAUAUUUUUUUCUGCAGUCAUGCAAAAAAAGUUUGAAUACAACCUGUGAUGUUUUCCAUUCAUACGUAUAUAUAUAUAAAUAUGUCUUUGUUAUUAUUCACCAAGGACUCAAUGGAGGACGAUGUCAGAAAGGACAUCGUCAAUCUGUGUGUUAUGAUCCAUAUACAGUCUGUGGUUAUGUUCCAUAUACAGUCUGUGUGUUAUGAUCCAUAUACAGUCUGUGGUUAUGUUCCAUAUACAGUCUGUGGUUAUGUUUCAUAUACAGUCUGUGGUUAUGUUCCAUAUACAGUCUAUGGUUAUGUUCCAUAUACAGUCUGUGGUUAUGUUCCAUAUACAGUCUGUGUGUUAUGUUCCAUAUACAGUCUGUGGUUAUGUUCCAUAUACAGUCUGUGGUUAUGUUCCAUAUACAGUCUGUGGUUAUGUUCCAUAUACAGUCUGUGGUUAUGUGUGAUUAUUUCCAUGGCUCGUAAUUCUCUGUUUGAUGAAAACACUCGUCUGCAGACAGUUUAGCUUUUUGUUUUGAAAUGUGAUGAACUGUAACAGAUUAUAAUUCAAAUACAUAAUUGAAUGUGUUCUUUCUUUUAUCUUUAUUAAACUUUGAAAUCCCAGCUGGA